AUGAAUAGUUCAAUUGGCUGCUUGGCGAAAUCGCCCGAAUAUCAAAGUUUUCGUUCUACCAUUGCUCAGCGAAAGGUCGCUAUUGACAAUAAAAGCGAAAAUUGGGUUAUCUAUGACGCUGGUCCUAGAAGUGUGCGUUCGCCAUUAAUAUUUCUGCCUCCAGCAAGUGGCAGCGCAGAUGUAUUUUUCAAGCAGAUCGUAUUCUUAUCUUCCGUUGGAUACAGAGUGAUAUCGGUUGAGUAUCCUUCGUACUGGACCCACGCAGAAUGGACUGAAGGAUUUAAAAAGUUAUUAGAUACACUGCAAUUAGAUAAGGUACACUUAUUUGGCGCUUCUCUAGGCGGAUUCUUAGCUCAGAAAGUAGCUGAAAGUACCCACAUAAACCCUCGUAUUCACUCAAUAAUAUUAUGUAAUUCGUUUUCUGAUACAUCGGUGUUUACCCAUAAUGCGAUUGCAUCAACUUUUUGGCUCAUGCCUUCGUUCUUACUGAAGCGAAUUAUACUGGAAGGAUUCAAUGACGAUAUUGUCGAUAAGGACGUGGCAGAUUCUGUAGACUUUAUGGUCGAACGGGUGGAAGGUUUAAAAAGAUCCCAACUGGCAUCACGAUUAAAACUGAACUGUUCCGAUAGUUAUGUAGAACCGCAGAAAUUAAGUGAUGUUAUUAUUACAAUCAUUGAUGUUUUCGAUGAGUCUGCGCUAUCCCAAAAUGUAAAAGAAGAAAUGUAUAAAUGCUAUCCUAACAGCCGAAGGGCUCAUUUAAAAGACGGAGGGAAUUUUCCGUAUUUGAGUCGUAGCGUAGAGGUCAACUUAUAUAUUCAGAUCCACAUGCGUCAAUUUAUUGGCUCUCGCUGUAGCGCUGUUGCACCUGAAUUCGAGAGAGACUUAGACAAUGUACAAACAGAAUUAGAGAAUCAACUUCGAGAAAAUAGUAAUUCAAGCAGCAAUGGAUAA